AUGUUAAGCAGUAAAGGGCCACCGCCACGGCUGGGGUUGAAGGCCGCUAGCCCCGGGGCGGCGGGGGUGGACGAGGACUGCAACAGCAACACGAGCCUCACCGGCAGCCAGCAGUCCGCGCACGAUGACCUCGACGCGCACUGUGACAACUCCGGCUACCUGUGGUUCCUCGACUACAAUCCGAUAUUCCGAGACAGCACCUGCCACCACACGUCCGUUCUCUCUUCCGUGUCCGCCUCGUACAAGGGCAUAGGCGAGCUGACCUCUCGUUUCGAGUUCACCUCCCGAUACAACGACAUCGCCCGCGACCUCGACGCCAACCUUGCGGAGGCCGACAUGGAGAGCUUCAGGACAGAAGACAUCCACGCUCUCCUCAUGACAGCCAAUCUGCCGCACGACACCAUGGCCGAUGAUCGGGCGCACGACGGUGAAGAGUCCGUCGGUUCGAUCAACACGAUGUCAAUAUGCAAGUCGGAGCUGCUCUUCUCGCCCGUGAAGGAGGGCGGCCACGGUGUCCACUUCAGCGUGGACAGUCUCGACUGCGAGCUGCCAACGGAACAGGACCUCAUCCUCACCUGCCAGGCCAAUAAGGACAACUACACCAUAGCCUUCGAAGGCAGCCUCACCAUUUACUCUGAGGACAGUGAGUGCGCCGAACUGGCCGUCAAUCAAAGACAUGACAAAUUAGGACAGGAAGAAACUAACAUGGUAAUUGAUAGUGAUGAAAGAACGCGCAGGAAUUUAGAAUUAUUAGAAAGGUGUAAGAAAUUGACAAAUAAGCUAACAACGUCUAUGGCUAGAAGUGAUUUAGGAUUAACUACGUGGAGUAAACUUAAGAAACAAACCAUUCAGUCACCCUUAAGGAGGCACCCAUCCGGUAACAAUAACGAAGACUCGAAUGAAAUGGCCGAUGGUACAAGCGACAUGAACAAUUCGGUCAUAAAAAGCCAAAGUUUGCCAAAUCUUUAUAGAAGAAAACUCAUGAACAGUUCCAUCACUUCGACCGCUCUAAGCAACUCUACGGUCGACUCAUUCACGGCCAACCAGAGGCUUACGGGCACAUCUACUUGUAUGAAAGUAUACGAUGUGUCACAAAAUCGAUCGUCACACGGAAGCCAGCAUUCGGAACCUAUGAGCACGUCCUCGACCGAAAAUCACACCUCUUCGGACAAAAGUCAACCCAAACAGCCCUUUAACCUUGUUAAGUUAUUCAUGAAACAAAAGAGCAUCAGCAACGAUGGAAUCGUGACAAUGGAUCAACUUGAUAGAUCCGAGUGCUGGCCUUCCAGUUCUGGUGGUGAAAGCGGUGAGUCAAUCGGAGAACAGAGGGAAGAAGAUUUAAAAACGGCGGCAAUCGAGAGGCCACAAAUACAAAUACCUAGCGAUGACGUGGAAGAAGCCUCAAACGUUUACGAGGAAAUCAGGCCUGUAAAUGCCUACUGUAAGGUAGCCGAAGAAGUGCUAUUUGAAGAGGAGGAAACUGCUGAUAGAGCUAAGAUGAGUGAUAGCGAGAGUAAUCUCUAUGCUGUGGUAAAUAAGCCCCAUAUUAAACGAGCCGGUCUUAACGUUAAUAGCCCCUCGAAAAUGAGACUCACCAGAAAAUCAUGCUCGUCCCAAUCCUCAACGAGUGUUAGCAUUUCUAGUUGUUCGGAAUCUGAUGGAACACAAAUUACUAGAUUAAACAGAGUUUUACAAAAAGAACCUUACGACAAUAAAUCAACAUCUACUCAUCUCGAGAACGACACUAUAGACAAGGGUAUGCAAACGUCGAAUAUGCAGUCAACAGAUGGUAAGAAAACUAGAAUGCAAGGGAAAGGCAAAAGACCUUUUUCGUGUAAUGAUGUGGAAGUGCUGAAGAAAAAAGGUCUUGGUCACAUCAAGGAUUGGGAUUCGCUAAACUUUUUAUUACCAUUGGAGUGUAAACAGCUUUUAUCAGAAAUGCCUGAACUAAUGCAACACAUGAAAGAGAAAGAAGGAAACACAACGGCGGUUUCUUCGAGUUCGAGCACUGCCACUCAGCCGUCGUCAGGCUACAGAGGUUCGUCUACGAUGUUGACUGAUUCUUCAGCACAGAACAGCCCAGCACCUGCGGGGAAUUUUAAUCCCUUGUUUGUGUAUCGAUACGAUUCUGCUACAAGUUCUGAAGCGAGCUGCGCAAAUAAUGACGGUCAGCGAAUAAAUCCCUCAAUUCCGAAACGCUCUCUGUCUUUAGCUGAUCAAGCACGUUUAGCGAAACAGGGAGAACUGGCCCCACCAAGGCCUCCGUUACCCAAAGGCAUACUGCGUAAAUCGAUGGAUAAAACUCGCAAAACGACCGCUCAAACAAAACGUUACAGCAUGUUCGAACUGGAUGAAUUUAUUCAAGACCCUAUUGUGUGUGCAACAGCUAUUACUGAACAAAAGACAAAGAGAAGAUCCCUACAAGAGCCAUACUAUUUACAAAAUCAAACUACUGAUUAUAGAAAGAACAACGAUAUAGCAGCCAAGAGGCUUUCACACCAAUUUCUUGAUGCGGCCGAUAAAGACAUAGACUAUAAUGAGUAUUAUCAAGAUGAAGGUGUCGGAACAGAGAGUAGUUUAGAAUCAGGAAAAUCUAAUGAAUUGAAGUUCCAUCGGCCCCAUACACCUCCGAUGCCAAAGCCAAGAACGAAGAAAAUGGAGUAUAUUGAUUUCCCGCCACCUGGUGCAUUAAUAAGCAGCGCCGAUUUGCAACAGUUAGAAGAGUUCCUGAAACAAAGUGGAUUUAACUGUCAGAAUAUGGAUGAGUGGGAUCAAAAUCAAGUGCAAAAGGUAAGAAGUCAGGUCACGAAGUUCCUACAGAUGAAAAGGUCUCAAGAGGAGAAUCAGAGAUCGACAGAUUCUAGCGGAAGCAGUUGCAAUAGCAAGAAAUCAGUCAGCUUUGCACAAAAGUCCGAUGCCAAGGUUGAGGGUCAACAGACUCAAUUGAAGGCUAUGGAUGAACUUAAAGUAGGAAGUCUUUCAACCCCACCUAACUCACCUAAUAUCUCUGCUGCUCUAACUCAAAGACAUUACCAGGGUAAAAAUUUAGCCGAAUUACCGAUUUGUGAAGAAGCUGAAGUGAGCCCUGAUGAAUAUGGUGGCCCAACAAAGCAUCAAGAAGGAAGACCUAAGUACGACGUUAUCGACGUAUCACAAAAGAGAGCACUCGUUUCGAACGUGACGGAUGCCGUUGAAAUGCUGAUCCAGCACUUCUCGCCGGCAACAGACCAAGCGGAGUUAACCUUCUUGGGUGACUCCAAACAGUCGCCAGCCUGCGCCAAACUGGCCCUCAACGCUUUGUGCCCUGCCCUCUAUGCGAUAUUCAGAGAUGGCCUAAAAGAGAACAUCGAAACAUCCUUUGGGGCCGUUAACAAUUCCGUUUGGCAAAUGGUCGAAGCAACAGCUAGACAAGGUCCAAUUACAAAGUCGCUGAAUGAAUUGGUAUUGAGAAUAAACAGCGAAGACGCGGUGACGGAAGGCCUCGUAAAAUUCAACGCCUUCAUCCUCGGACUUCUUAACGCGCAAACAGUCGACGCGUGGGUCUCUUACGUGCGGACGAGGGAAUCUAUCUUGGCCAAGCAUUACGGGCCCGACUCGCUCAUACUAGCGGGCUGCAUCGGAGAGCCGCGCUGCCGAGCCCUUUUGGACACAUUACUGGCCAGCCUCGAACCACUCAAACUGCUGCCAUUCUCCCUGGACCUCAUGUUCGAAAUGAGAGAACUGCACAGGAGCUUCAAGAGAAUCGAGAGCGACAUGCGCGUCGCAAGCCGGCCAGCCCAGAUUAACCCGCCACUAACACUGAACCAGCGGAACCUCCUCAAGCUGGUCCGGUCGAUGCAGUCCAGCGGGCUGUCUAGCGACGAUUGUCUCACUAGCGUCAUAAUGCGCCACAAAGAGCCCAAGAACCGGGAGCCGUCCACCCCCGACCUGCUCAACGAAUCGGCUAACGUGAGGACCGCCGUCGAGAGGAGCCGGCCGCGCUCGUGCGUCAACCCGACCACGAUCGGCUACGACAUGUGUCCGAACAACAGCCGAAUAGAAAUGGAGAACAACAGACGCUGGUCCGGGGUGCAGCUCGGCUCGAAACUGAUGCAGGCCUUCGACCGGCUCGUGUUUGACGACAGUGACGAAUACACUGAUAGCUUAGAGAAUAAUAAGACGGCGCCGAGGGCCGGGAACGAGCUAAAGCUGGAAUGCAGCGGCGAGGAGUGGCGGCCGGGCUCGGCGGGAAGCUGCGCCAGUGGCAACACCGGCAACGCGAGUGGCAACUCCGCAAACGCCACCAACUCGGGCGGGAAAUUCCGAAGGCUGCAACUAAAGUGGGAAAUGCUCAGCAAUGCCGAGAGCCCCGUGACGCCUUCAGGGGAAACUUCUCCGGCGGCAGCUCGUGGUUCCAAGAUCCCAAGGCCCGUCUCAUCGCCCGUGCGUCCUCAAGCGCCUAGCGUGGCGUCGCCCGCUAAAAACGCUCAACGAGGUAUACCAGUUCCCGUGCGCAAAGGCUCAUCGCCUACAACGUCUACACCACGCUCCGCAUCCGCCAGAGGCGCGGCUAAUACGAAGAAAGCGCCCCAACCGGCCAACAGAGUGGCCAAUCAGAAGCCGGCGUGGAAAGCCGUCGCGAACAAAACGCGACCGACGACAGCAAACGAAGCUGUCGCUAAAAUCGCGCCCAAUGCUAAGAAAUCACCGGCGUCGCGGGUGGACGGGGGCGGGUGGGGAGGCGGCGGUGCGCCGCGGCCCUCGUCGCUGCCGUACGGCCGCGCCGCCCCUCCCCCCGCGCCCCGCCGCGCCGCCUCCUCGUCGGCGGCGAGAGCGGGCGCCGCGGCCAAACACAAGUACGUGCGAACGCUGUGGCACCGGCUGCCCUCGGACUCGGGCCACCUGGCGUUCAACGAGGGCGAGCGCCUGCGCCUGAUCCUGGAGGUGGACGACCAGUACGUGCUGUGCUGCCGCGGCGACCAGAAGGGCCUGGUGCCCAGGGACGCCGUGCUGCCCGAGGAGUUC